AUGGCUCUGGACUUCAGGAUAUUGUCGAAGGUGCGACUAGCUCGUCAUGGGCGACUCAGGUUGUCACAUGCUGAUGUCGAUACUCCUGUAUUUAUGCCGGUUGGUACACAAGGGACUAUGAAAGGUUUGCUACCGGAACAGCUGUCGGAAUUGGGGUUUCGUUUGCUACUGUGCAAUACAUAUCAUAUGGGUCACAGGCCUGGUCACAAAAUUGUUCGUAAGGCCGGUGGUCUUCAUUCCUUUAUCAAUUGGCCAUAUUCAAUUUUGACUGAUUCUGGAGGCUUUCAGAUGGUUUCAUUGAAUGAUCUGAUGAAUGUGGAUGAAAAAGGGAUCAAUUUCGAAAGUCCACACACUGGUGAGAAGACGAUUUUGAGUCCUGAAGCGAGCAUACAUAUACAGGAAGAUUUGGGCGCUGAUAUUGUGAUGCAAUUAGAUCAUGUAAUACAUGUGCUUUGUGAAGGAGCUAUCGUUGAGGAAGCAAUGGAACGAUCGAUAAGAUGGUUGGAACGUUGUCGUGAUGCACAUACGAGGAAAGAUCAAGCCUUGUUUCCUAUUAUACAGGGUGGAUUAGAUUUUUCUCUUCGUAAAAAAUGCAUUACAGCUAUGGUACAGCAAGCAGAAACAGGUAUUGCAAUUGGUGGUCUAAGCGGUGGAGAAGAUAAAAAUUUAUUUUGGAGAAUUGUUGCAUGCUGUUGUGAGAAUUUGCCGGAGCAUCUACCACGAUAUGUGAUGGGUAUUGGAUGGCCAAUUGAUUUGGUGAUUUGUUCAUUGCUGGGUGCAGAUAUGUUUGAUUGUGUGUAUCCAACACGCACUGCAAGGUUUGGCACAGCGAUUGUGCGACAUGGAGGUAUGCUGCAUCUUACUCGAAAUGAAUUCGAAAAUGAUUUUCGACCAAUUGACGAUGGUUGUCCAUGUAAUUCUUGUCGAAGUUAUACACGAGCCUAUAUUCAUUCCAUAUUGAAUCAGGAAACUGUUGCAUGUCAUAUUAUCUCAGAGCAUAACCUGCACCAUCAUAUAGAUCUUAUGGGACGGUUGCGCACUGCAGUUGACACAAAUACAGUACAAGAAUUUUUAAAAGAAUUUUUGCUGGAACAAUAUCCGGAUGGUAACAUACCACAGUGGGUUCGUGAAGCAGUUGCCUAUCUGCAUUAUGAAAUUUAA